AUGGAAGAAUACUUUGCAUAUAUUAUCAUAUUUUCUGCUUUCACUGCAGUAUAUGUCGGAUCGGUUCUUGUCUACCGCCUUUACCUCAGUCCCUUAGCGAAAUUCCCAGGUCCCCGCCUGGCAGCUGCCACGCGCCUCUAUGAGAUUUAUUUCCAGCUCAUUAGAGGUGGUACAUUCACAUGGCAUAUCAACGAUCUCCAUGACACAUACGGCCCUGUGGUUCGAAUCACUCCAUGGGAAAUUCACAUCAAAGAUCCUGACUACUACAACACCCUCUACGCCGGCCCGCAAAAACACCGCAACAAGGACCCCCUAUUCAGUUACAUCGGAUAUCCCCAGUCUAUAUUCUCACUCAACUCGCAUGAAGUUCAUCGACCAUGGAGAAAGAUUUUGGGUCAUUUUCUCAAAAAGGGCGCCGUGCAAGACCUUGAGCCAGUUAUUCAGGCAAAUACUCAGGCCCUAUGCAAGCACUUCUCAGCAGCAGUAAAGAACAAAGGUAUACUGGAGUUAUAUGCUGCUUUCCAUUGCUUUACGAGCGAUACUCUUUCCCAACAUGCCUUCGGACGGGACAUCGGGUUUCAUCAUCUAGAUGAACCGGAGUUAUCGAAUACUUGGAAGACACAAGUGAACACGAUGUUUGAAUUCUGCCGCCCGAUUCGACACUUCAACUUCAUGGGUGACAUAGCGCAUCUGAUUCCUCGUCAGCUCGCGUUGGUGCUUCCUCCUUAUGCCCACGUCUAUGCAAUGGAGCAGGGCGUCAGAUCUCGAAUCCAAACUCUGGUAGACCGCUAUGAUAAGUGGGAAUGUAAAAUGCAGUCAGAUAACCUCUCAGCGGAAAAAGGCCCAUUUCUGAGUAGCCCCAAGGCUAUCUAUCCUGCGAUUAUGAGUGAUCCCGACGUGCCUUUGAUUGAAAAGUCCCAAUCUCGGCUGGAAGAUGACGCCAUAUUCCUCAUGUUUGCCGGAACAGAUGCUCCGUCCCAAACCUCCGCUAUAACUCUCUUUCAUCUGAUUAACAACCCAGAAAAGUACCAAAGACUAAAAAACGAGCUCUUGGCAGCGAUUCCAGAAGUGAAAGCUGUCCCAUCUCUCAACCAACUCGAGCAGAUUUCUUAUCUAGGUAUCCGUCUGGCCUCCGUGGUGACAACUCGGCUUCCUCGCUCGGCCCCAGAUGAGGUUCUACAGUACAAGGAGUGGGACAUCCCAGCAGGGACUUUUGUUUCCAUGUCGACAUAUUUUAUUUUGAGGGACCCAAAGAUAUUUCCUGAGCCGACGAAAUUUCUCCCAGAGCGCUGGCUACUCGAGCCAGAGGAGUUACAGCAGCUUGAGCGUUAUCUAGUUCCAGGCUCGAAGGGAACUCUCGGGUGUCCUGGACAAAGCAUGAACUGGUCGUGGAUGCAUCAUACUAUCGGCAAUCUUGUACGUCGAUUUGACAUGGUCUUGCAUGAGACUACGGAGCGAAAUGUGCAGAUGGUUCGGGACAAUUUUAUUGGACAAACAGCGCCAGGUACCCAUAACGUGCAGGUGAAAGUGAUGGAGGAGCAUUUCAAAUAG